GCCCACAAACUCAAUUCAUUCACAUUUUCCCGCCAAUUCCAAUUUUUUUCCUAUUUAUACCAAAACCCUCAUUUUCUUCUAUUCAUAUUAUAAACCCAUAAAUUUUUUUACUCCAUACACACUAAAAUACUACACUUGCUUAGUUGAUUGCUACAUUAUUAUUUUGUGCAAUUCUCCAAUACCUGUUUGUGUAAAUGGAAGGAAAAGAGAAUGUUCGAGUCGAGUUCGAGUUUGAGUUCGAGUCAGAUUGCCGGACGCCGAGGCAUGGUAAAAUUCCGGCAGCAUUGGUAUGUCCUCCACCUCCGAGAAAGAAGAGAGUUUAUGCAAAUAAGUCAGUUGUUCUUCCACCAAAAGGUGGGUUUUUUCAGCCUCCUGAUUUAGAGCUGAUUUUCACUUCUUCCAAUGUGAAACAGGGGAAAUUUGUUGGAUAUAGGUAAAAUUAGUGGGUUUAUCUUUAGUAAGAGUAAGAAAUUGUUUAAGAUGGUAUUUAGUAGUAAUAAUUACAGUAAUAUAUUAGGAGUUUUAGAAGCUUUUUUUUUUUAAUUUUUGUUGGAUAUAGGUAAGUUAGAGGGUUUUAUCUUUAGUAAUAAUGAGAUUAUGAGAGUAAUAUAUUAGGAGUUUUAGAGGUUUUUUUUGUUGGGAGUUUUGGUGGAUUAAUUUGUACUUUAUAAUAAUGUAAUAUAAGCCACUAGAUGUAUUCCCUUUGUUUUUUUGGUUUAAUUUUUCAGUUUUAAAAGUAUUGUGAUUUAUAUGUAAGUAGUAGUACUACCAUUAUUAAUUAUUA